AUUAUGAUAUCUGCUUUACAUUGGAUUCGCAAGGGGGUUGCUGCCGAACAACCUGAAAAAUAUGAGCUUGAUGAAAAAGAAUGUGAACGAAUCAGUCAAUUUGCAGCAUUGAAACUAGAGGAAGUGGAAAAUGAGCCUGUCAU